AAAUCGACCGUGCAUGAUGCCAGGAUAUGUCGAGAGCGUGAUUCCGACGAGGAUGAUGAUGAAAACAGUGAUGGGGAUGAUGAUUCGAGCAACUCUGGUGUGCAAGUGGAGGGAUCACAACGAUGAAGGUGGACCAAAGCCAGUCGAGUCCUCCUCCAAACAUAUUCUCCUAACCCUCAUAGCAGCUCAUGUCGUUGACGUGACCAAUGGCCAG